AUGGACCCCCUGAAUGUCGCCGCCCUGCUCUCGCCAGAGGUCAUCCAGGAGUUGGCCAGAGAUGCCUUGAACUUGCGGCCAGGCCCCACCCCAUCCGCACGCGCAACCAUGCGCAGUGCGCCUCGAAGCCCCUUGGGCAGCCCUCGGUCAGAGGAAUCGCGCCCACGGUCGCCUGGGUCUCCACCACCCUUAGUUCCCUCUGCAAGGCUGGCUGGUCUGAGCCGAACGCGCACCUCUCCGGGCAGAGCCCAGCCAGCUGUGGCCUCCAAGGGGCGGGCUUCGCAGGAGGGGCGUCGUGUGCCAGCCUUCGGAUCGCCCAGCGACUCUUCCUCGCCCACGGGCUCGCCAGGAGGAGCGUCAUCCCCCGGGACAGCGCUCACAGAGCCCCCUGCAGCGGAUUCUGCUGAUGCUCUCACGGCGGUGCCGACGGCCGAGCCAAAAGCAGAACCGAAAGAGGAGCCGAAGGAGGAGUCCACGUUGAAGACUGGGAAGGAGGCAGCGGUGCCCGACACCCCGGCCACAGCCACACCUCGGUCAAAGAGUUCGACCCCGACUGUGCAAGGGCGCCGAAAGGACGAUGGUAGCAAGACGCCAUCCAGCACAGUGGAAGAGCUUUCGACAGGCACCAGGAAGACGCUCUCCGAGAAGGAUGCGGCUGGCUUUGCCAAGCGUUUGACAGAGUGGGCGAAGGAUCGCGACAAGCGGCGCCACGAUCUCCAUGAGCAAGCCCGCAGCGAGGAGAUGCCGCAGCAGCUUCAGAUAAGCGCCCGCUCCAGGAAGCUAGCACGGACCUGA